CUUGCCGUAAAGCCUCACCAGAGGAUUGAAUGGAACUUUAUUGACACACCCUUGCUAACAACUAACAGUGUCCUUCACCGCGUCUACUUUAAAGCUGUGCUUGUUGGUUUGAAAGGGAAAGCGCUCUUUUGUGGACCAUGGCGGCAAAGGUGUUACCUGUGAUCAAGCUGGCCACUAAGGUGACCAUUGCAGGAGGGGCUCUCUAUGUCGCCUACGAUUCCGGGCUCCUGGGCAGCAGUGAGCAGGGCUCCGAGGCUUUGGGGCGGGCCGCAUCAGCCAUACCGCCCGCUGUAGAGGAGUGGAUGAAGUACUUUGGCUUGGAGGCUCAACUUCCAACAAUACCGAAGGUUGAAUUCUCUCCUGUCCAAACUUGGAAUUCAGGAGUGCGGCGGUCCAUUUCAGCGCUGUCAGACGGUCCGAGGAAAGCAGCUGACUAUUCCAGUCAGGGUUUGCAGUAUGUGAAAGACCUCACCAAGUAGAUGCUUAUUGUUAGUAAUAUUCAAGACGUUGCACUCAAUUGACAUGUCCUCAAUGCCUAUAGAAGAAGCACGCAUGUUAAAAUCAGGGUUCCACUAAAGAGGAAUGGAUGUGCGGGUUAUGUUGUACAUAAUGCUAUAAAGUGAAAAUAUGUUUUUAAAAAACAA